AUGGCAGGCGGAGGCGUCGUGGACCUGGUGCAGCGCAUGCACUUGAAGUACAACGUCACCAUCGGCCUGUACAUGCUUGAGCCCUGGGAGCGGAUGCUGUUCAACGGUGUGCUGAUUGCCUUGUUGUCGCUGUGGAUCUUCGCCACCAUUCUCUACCUCCCAGCAUGGCUUGACUUUUGCCAUGCGCUGAUGCACUAA